AUGCUUCGCACUACCAUCUUCAACGCCUCCCGCUCCCUCUUUGCAAAGCCCUCGGCCGCUAUCGCCGUCCGCUCCUACCACCCCAAGGUCAUUGACCACUAUGAGCGUCCCCGCAACGUCGGAUCCUUCAACAAGGCCGAUCCCUUUGUCGGCACCGGUCUCGUCGGCGCACCCGCCUGCGGUGAUGUCAUGAAGCUCCAAAUCAAGGUCGACGAGGCAUCAGGCAAGAUUGUCGACGUCAAGUUCAAGACCUUUGGAUGUGGCUCUGCCAUUGCUUCGUCGAGUUAUAUGACCGAGCGCGUCCGCGGUAUGACUCUUGAGGAUGCCGGUUCUAUCAAGAACACCGAGAUUGCCAAAGAGCUCUGCCUCCCCCCCGUCAAGCUCCACUGCUCCAUGCUGGCGGAGGAUGCGAUCAAGUCGGCUAUCAGCGACUACAAGCGCAAGCGCGCUGCUGCCACCGCAUCGGCCUAA